AUGGUCAGCUCGACCACUGCCAACUGGCAACCCCUCCACGACACCUUCUACCGCCUCACCCAGGCCUACUCGCUCGACGACUCGCCCCUCGCCAACCUCGACCUCGCAGACCACCGCGUCGCCCACUCGCACAACGCCGGGCCCAUCGCCGUCAUCCGCGACACCUCGAAACCUGUCCCCGUCGACCGGUACGACUCGCGCUCAAACCUGAACCGCGUGUCCGUCUUCACCCACUCGGGCCGCCUCGUCCAGCACAUCACCUGGGACUCGCCCCCCUCGCCCAUCGUCCACCUCUCGCUCCCGACCCCGACCUCGCUCCUCCUCGUCACCGCCUCGGGCCAGUACCGCCUCUACGCCCUCUCGGCCCACCCGACCCUCGCCCCCUCCUUCUCUCAGCACGCCCUCCCGCGCGCAGACGACCUCGGCGGCGUACUCGACGCGAGGGGCUACCCGGGCGGCGUCGUCGUCCGCUUCCGCGACGGCUCGUUCUGCGACGUCCGUGGCCUCGGCGCCCGCUCGGCCGUCUUUCUCUCGUCGACGGGCCUCGAGGGCGCGCAGCACGUCGACUGUUGGGCCGUCGUGCCCGCCGAGUCGAGCGCCAGCCGGCACGUCGAGGUGCUCGUCGGUGCGGGCGAGACCGUGUACCGCCUCGACGAGAUCGAGUGCGUCGACCAGCACGUCACGCGUGGGCCCUUCCUGUCGAUCACGCCCUCGCCCUCGGGCCGGUUCCUCGCCCUCGUCCAGCGCGCCUCGUCCUCUUCGUCCGGCGCGUCGCCCACCCUGUGGGUCACGUCGAGCGACUUUGCGCGGUCCCUGAGCGAGUCGGUGCUCGACUCGGGCGUGAGCGAGGGCGAGAAGGGCCCGCCGGCCCAGUGCGAGUGGUGCGGCGACAACGCGGUCGUGCUCGCGUGGGAGAGGACAGUGGUCCUCAUGGGCCCGUUCGGCGAGUCGCUCAAGUGGUUCUACCCCGACACGGUCACGCUCCUGUCCGAGCCCGACAGCACACGCCUCCUGUCGUCGUCGUCGUCGUCAAUCCUGUCGCUCGUCCCCUCGUCGUCCCAGUCAAUCUUCCUCCCCGGCUCGACCUCGCCCGCCGCGCUCCUGUACGAGGCCGCGCGCGAGUUCUACGAGCGCCGCAGCCCGAGGGCCGACGAGUACGUGAGGGGGAUUGGGCGCGGGAGGGAGCUCAGGGAGGCGGUCGAGGGGUGCUUGGACGCGGCCGGGAGCGAGUGGGAUGAGGGCGAGCAGAAGAGGCUGCUCAAGGCCGCAGCGUUCGGCAAGUCGUUCCUCGACGUGUACGACCCGUCGCACUUCGUGCACACGACCCAGGUCCUGCGCGUCCUCAACGCCGUUCGGUCGCACAAGGUCGGCCUGCCGCUCACCUGGGAGCAGUUCCACUCGCGCCCGCCCUCGAUUCUCAUUAGCCAGCUCGUCGCCCUCAACGCGCACCUCCUCGCGCUCCGCAUCUCGUCUUUCCUCGGCCUGUCGCCCAACCCGGUCGUCAAGCAUUGGGCCGCACAGCUCAUCGCGGCGUCGGCGCCGGGCACGGCGGCCGCCAACGCCAAGGGCGCCCAGGGCUUGACGAGCGACGAGGACGUGUGCGCCGCCAUCGUCGACAAGCUCGAGUCGCUGUCGACCUCGGCUCCUGCCUCGCCACCCGCCGACCUCGCCCUCGUCGCGUUCCGCCUCGGCCGCACGCCGCUCGCCAAACUGCUUCUCGACCGCGAGCCGCGCGCGGCGCGCCAGGUCGGGCUCCUGUUGCGCAUGGGCGAGGGAGAGGAGGCGGGCAGGAAGGCGGUCCUGAGCGGGGACGCAGAGCUGGUGUUCGAGGUGCUGCUCACUCUGCGGCGGUCCCUCGCCCCGGGCGACCUCUUCACCCUCCUCUCUCGGCUUCCACCUUCACCUCUCCCGACCGCCCUUGCCCCUCCCUCAUCUACCUCGUCCCGUUCUCGCACGCCCGCCGCCGACCCGAACGCCGGCCCGCGCAAGGACGGCGACGCGCUCCGGCUCCUCCCGGUGCUCGCGCGCGCGACGGGCGACCCGCAGUGGGCUGCGCUCGUGCGCGACUGGUGGUACCUCGACGACCGCCGGGUCGAGAUGGGCGUCGAGAGGCUGCUCGAGGCGGGGAGGGAGAAGGUGCGCCGCUCGAAGGUGGCGCUCGUGAGGGCGGCGCAGAAGAGCUUUGCCGAGGACAAGGAGCGAGCGUUCGAGGCCAAGAUGGUCGACGACCACGUGCGUCUCCUCGUCGCGCAAGAGUCGCUCGAGCAAGACGCGCCCGUCGCCUCGAGCUCGUCGCCCGCCACCGUCAAGACGUUCGUCGGCCUGAGCCUUAGCGAGACGCUCCGGCAGUGCCUCCUCGCCGGCAUGGACAAGCGCGCCGACAAGCUGCGGGCCGAGUUCAAGGUGCCCGACAAGAGAUACUGGUACCUCAAGCUGCGCGCCCUCAUCUCGCUGCGGUCGUGGGACGCGCUCGACGCGUUCGCGCGCUCGAAAAAGUCGCCGAUCGGGUACGAGCCGUUCGUGCUCGAGCUCAUCCGCGCCGGCGCGCACCGCCAGGCCGUGCGGUACGUCGACCGGUGCGAGGCGCGCGAGCGCGUCGAGCUGUACGUGCGGGCGGGCGAGUGGGAGAGCGCGGGGCGGGAGUGCGUCAGGAGGAGCGAGAGGGGCAGGCUCGUGGACUUGCGGUCGAGGGCGCCGAACAAGGUGAUUGCGGCGCAGCUCGAGGCGUUGCUGCAGGAGAUGGACAACUCGGGCGCGUAGCUGGGCUCGUGCAACCUUUCGAGACUGC